AUGACUGAAGACGGAUUGACAAAGCUAAACCUGGAGGCAUUUUUAGGAAUGUCUGGGAACACCCAGGAGCUGUUGGAUUCACUCGGUCUAUCAGCCAUUCCGGACUUAUCCAACUUGGGAACUUUAAGUAAUAAUAACAACAAUUCUCCUUUAUCCUUUGAUCCAAAUGAUCCAUCUGCGGCUGCAUUUUACAUAGCUCAACAGGUAGCUGCCAUUGAGCAUCCCCCUCCUCCGAGGAAGAUGACUUCUUCAGAGAAAACGCGUUCUGAAAAUCGUGAACGGAAAAAGCGUUGGAGGGAACAGAAUGAAGAGCGUAACAAAGACAAUGACCUGCGUUGUCGUGUAAACAAAAAGGCCAAAAAACUUUUUGGCGGCGAACCAAGCAUCGAAAAAACGAACUGGAUUGAGGCUGAGUUUAACCGUCGUCAUUCCAAGCGUAAAGAAAAGGAGCGUGCCUCUGCUCAAAACAGUACGAGCAAUGGAGUCUCUCGUUCCAAUUCUCAGGGUCUCUUGCCCGACUUAGAUUUACUGGCUACCAAUUCUUCCGCAAAUGCUGUUCUUCAAGGUUCUGCGAUUAACAAUGCUCUCAGUGCUUUGGCAAAAGAUCCCAAUCUUAUCCAUAAUCUUUUAACCCAAAUGGACUUUGAUCCAUCCAAGAAAAAUGACUUGAAUCUUGGUGCUUUAAAUGAUGUAGUACCAAAUUCUCAAAUUCCUCAGCCAGAGCACGAGUUAUCUGCUCUUCAAGAGCAUAAUGAGGCUCACGAUGCCGCUAUGAGGCAAUUUGAGCUUGAACGCCAACAAAGUGCUAUCUUACCUGGUCUAAAUGCCAUUGAUGGUCUACAAAAUUUGCCUAAUCUUGAUUUUACAGAUCCCAGUGUCGCUGGUGUUCAGACUCAGUCACAAGCUCCUUUGCAUCCUUUGAUUUCCCAAGCGGACAACCAUUCCAUUUUUUCUGCUCUUUCCGAUAAUUCUACUCCUGCCAGCGUCGCAGACCCUAGCUCCGACUUCAAUCUCUCCCAGGUAAUGCCCCUGGAUCUUCUUGCCCCUUCCAUCCAUGCUUCAACCGUAUCAUCCCCUGUGUCCGAAGCACACCUUAACUUUCCUCCAACAGAUAUUUCUCAUGCCAGUCUUUCCAAUCAUGAUUCUUCCUUACCUAUGCGUCCGAGAUCCCAAGCUCGUGAUAAACAUCGUGCUUUCCCAUAUUACAGCAAACGGCAGUCCGUUACAACGCCAUCAUCACCGUACCAUACGAAUGCCACUACUUCUCCACAGUUAUCUCCAGUCGAUUUUUCUUCGCAUACACUCAGCCGACCUCAAUCACCGCCCUCUUUUCCUUCAUUUGGUGAAGUAACUUUACCACCCAUCCCUUUAGCAGACACUACAGCUGACAUAACCCCCCCUCAGUCAGCCUCUAGUUCAUCAGCAUCCGAGAAAUCUCAUGCUCUUGGUUUUCCUCCAUUACCUGGUCAGAAAUUUGAGUUUCAACGGUCUUCAAAAGGUAAUAAGUAA